CUGGUAAGGACCACUCCGGUAGCGUGUUGCGCGCUGUGCGUUUUCACGUGUGUUGUCAUUCAUACAAACAAGUUCGCAAAGACAUAUUUUUGUCUGUUUGAUUUACCAUAAUUUUAUUUAGCCGAUGGUCUUAUAAUAAUUUUGGAGAUGAAGGAGGGAAAAGACGAGGACAGUUUGUUUCUGGAGCAGGUUCUGGAUUCUCUUUAUGACUUUGGUUCAGAAUCAAAGAAGACGCUUAAAGCCCCAAAAAAGAAAAAACGAAAAAGAUGUGAAGAGCAGGAGGAAGAAGAGGGACUUGAUCCAGCGAAGGAAGGUUGCAGCGACAAUGAAGACAGCAGAGAUGCUGAGGAUCACCGUGGAGCAGAGCAGCCAAACACCGAAGGGUUUAAACGCUUGAAAGGCAUCCAGCCGGAGAACAAGGUGGAGGUGGUGACGUUUCAGGACCCAAGAAAGAAAACUAAAACCAAACAGGUUCCGGUUUCCACCAAGAUUCCAGUUAAAGCUCCACAGGAGUCUCAGACGGCAGAGCAGAAGCGAAUCAGCCAGCAAGAACGGCUCAGUUUGGAAAAGGCUCGUCUGGAAGUCCAUCGGUUUGGAAUCACCGGCUACAAGAAGGAGCAGCAGCGAGUGUUUGAGCAGGACAGGGCGAUAAUGCUGGGAGCCAGACCUCCAAAGAAGGAGUACGUGAACUACAAGGUGUUGCAGGAGCAAAUCAAAGAGAAGAAGCAGAAAGAAAAGGAGGCUCAUUCAGACAAGAAGAAAAAGAAAAAGAGUAAUCAAAGGGACAAGAAGAAACCAUCAUCCUCUGGUUCUGCCGCAACGCCCUCCGGUCAGGUGGGCCGGUUCAAGAACGGCAUGCUGAUCCUCAGUUCAAAGGAGAUCCAGAAAAUCAAAGGCAAAAAAGUGAAGCAUUGAGGUGACAGAUUAAAUCAGAUGCAUGAUGGAAAAUGGCAGCAGGCUGCAGGAGGAGGCCGAGCAGCGACUCGGUGUGCUGCAGGGAAUGAUAGUGAUAUCCAGACAAGAAUCUGACACCUUGAUCACCAAAAUGGACCAUGAAUCUGUGGCAGGACAUGAACAAACACACAGUGGUCGUGUGAAGAUCACUUUAGUUUAUUUAUUUCCUUUGUUAUAAAGUAUCCAAAAAAGUAGACACUGCAAUUUCUUGUAUUUUCCAUACAUAUUUUUUUUUUUUUUUUUGAGAGCUGAUUCUGUGUUUUCAUCAUUUACAAACAUUGUAGUCGUACAAAACAUUUAAAUUGGCAGCAGGGGACAACUCGAGGACAAAACUGAGGUAAUAGAAAAGAACUUCACACAUUUCUUUUAUGGAUAAAUAUAUAUACAACAUGAGACAGCAGAAGCCAGUGCUGCUUUUCUUUUUUCUGACACUCGGGCCUAAAUAUACAAACCUUGUUUCCAGGCUCAGCAGGCUGUGCUUUAGAUGUAAACACUGGAGUUUCUGCAGAAGCUUGAUGUUAAAGGGACAACAUGAAAGGUGUUGGGUUGAGCUUAAUAAUAACGAAAGAACAUACUUGAUUGGAUAGUUAGCCGCUGGCUGAGGUCACAGUUUUUCUCUUAAAUAGUUCUUUGUAUCCAAAAAGAUGCAGCUUCUGUGCAUUAAAUUUAAAUGUGCAAUCAGUUUGAUGGGUAUUAGGUAUAAUGGCAUGCCAUACAAACACACUUACAAAACACUUACACAGAAUUUAUGCAUGUGAAUCAACUCAGAAUGUUGUUGGUUUGUUUAAUAUUUUUUAAAUAAAGAUAAUGUGUUAAAGUGUCAUUUGAAACCACUUAGCUCCAAAAUUCUUAGUCAUCCAAUUAAUUAAUUAAUAAACAGCCUGCAAACUUGAAAAAUUG